UUGAGUGAGGCCCUUUCGAUCGGUGCCAAAGUAACGAAACCUACUUUGUUAAUGAUACAAUCCUAAAUUUUUCACUGGUUUGAAAACUUAAAUUCCCUUCGAUCUUGAUCUUGGUUGGGGAAAAAAACCCCGGCCUGCCACCCUACUUCAUCCUCGAGUCGACUUGUGCGCCGCCAUUCUCCGUCGCCGCGGUCUCGCGGGCCCGCCGCCGUCCUAGCCGCCCUGUCCCCGCCCUCUCCGUCUCGCGCCCCACGCGGCCCUUGUCCAUCUUUUCCGUCGCCGGCUCGUGCGGUCCGACGCCUGCCACCGGUUCCUCCUCUCGAGAAAGGCGGCGGCGCCCGAGAGAGCUUCUUUGAGGGAGGAUAAGGCGGCGCGGAGCGUCUCUGAGCGGCUCAGGCCCCUCCGGCGCUGAGCUUUCCUCCGGCGUUGUGUGUGCCUGAGUUGUUGACUCCCAAUUGAAGCGUGGUCAAAUUACCUCGGCUCCGGUAUGGGUUGGAGCUCUUUAUGGGUUGCUAAAGCGUUUAGAGUGUGGCUCUAGGCGUGGAUUUUCACCAAUGGCAAUCGAGUGCCUCGUGCUAGGGGCGGGGCAGGAGGUGGGUAAGAGCUGCGUGGUGGUGACCAUCGGCGGGAAGCGCGUCAUGUUCGACUGCGGCAUGCACAUGGGCUACCACGACGACCGCCACUACCCGGACUUUGCGCGCGCGCUCGCUGCCUGGGGGGCGCCCGACUUCACCACCGCUAUCUCCUGCGUGGUCAUCACGCAUUUCCACAUGGAUCAUAUCGGGGCACUGCCCUACUUCACCGAGGUUUGCGGCUACCACGGCCCCAUCUACAUGACGUAUCCAACAAAGGCUUUAGCUCCAUUUAUGCUCGAGGAUUAUCGGAAAGUAACGAUGGGUCAGAGAGGUGAGGAAAAGCAAUAUAGCUACGAAGAUAUUCUUAGGUGUAUGAAGAAAGUCACACCAAUGGACUUGAAGCAGACUGUUCAAGUAGAUAAAGACCUUGUGAUCCGUGCCUAUUAUGCUGGACAUGUUAUAGGGGCUGCCAUGAUUUAUGCAAAAGUUGGGGAUGCUGCUAUGGUAUACACUGGGGAUUACAAUAUGACACCAGAUAGACAUCUUGGGGCCGCACAGAUUGAUCGUCUGAAGUUGGAUGUAUUGAUAACAGAGUCCACAUAUGCUAAAUCUAUACGUGACUCAAAGCCUGCCCGAGAGAGGGAGUUUUUAAAAGCGGUACAUAAAUGUGUUUCUGGUGGAGGUAAAGUUCUAAUUCCAACGUUUGCUCUGGGAAGAGCUCAGGAACUAUGUAUGUUACUGGAUGACUAUUGGGAGAGGAUGGGCUUGAAAGUUCCUAUUUAUUUUUCAGCUGGUUUAACCAUUCAAGCUAAUGUGUACUACAAAAUGUUGAUUGGGUGGACUAGUCAAAAGAUCAAGGACAGCCAUACAGUGCAUAAUCCAUUUGACUUCAAGCAUGUUUGCCACUUUGAACGUUCCUUCAUUAACAACCCUGGUCCCUGUGUACUUUUUGCAACACCUGGUAUGAUUACUGGGGGAUUUUCCCUUGAGGCGUUUAAAAAAUGGGCACCAUCAGAGAAGAAUCUGGUUACACUUCCAGGAUAUUGUGUUUCUGGAACCAUUGGUCAUAAGUUGAUGUGUGGGAAACCUACAAGGGUUGAUUACGAGGACACUCAUAUUGAUGUCAGAUGUCAGGGGUGUGUUUGAUUGCGGGACAACUUGGACAGCCAUGUCUCCCGGCAUCCCCUCUCUCUGUCUAGUUCUGACAGGCAGCUGAGGACGACGGCAUUGGGAUGGUUCUAUUUCAACCCUGACCUUGAAUCAAACAACCUUAUAUAAGGGAUCGUCCUAUCCCAUCAUUGCAACAAAACACACCCUAGAUUUACUCCAACCAUUGCACUUUUCAUUUUUGAUAUUUUUUGCCCCCUCAUACUGAGUUUUUUUGCCCCCCCCCCCCCCCCCCCCCCCCUUAUUUUACCAGAUCCAUCAGCUAGCAUUCAGUCCUCAUACAGACUCCAAAGGGAUUAUGGAUCUGACAGAAUUCCUGUCACCCAAAAAUGUAAUUCUCGUUCAUGGUGAAAAGCCUCAGAUGGCUUUUCUUAAGGAGAGGAUCGAAUCUGAAUUGGGGAUGCCUUGCUACUACCCAGGGAAUAAUGAAUCCGUCUCCAUUCCGACAACCCAGAACCUUAAAAUGAGUGCUACAGAAAGGUUCAUUACAGGCUGUGCUGUGGAGCAAGGUAAACGUAGCCUGCACAAGCGGAACCUGAUUUAUGGUACAGGUUUGUCAGAAGAGAUUGGCAGUGAUGAGGCGGCGGGGGAGGGCGUUCUUCUGAUGCAGAAACACAAGUCUCCGAAAAUUCUUUGUGAGGAUGAGCUCCUUGAGGUGCUGGGCAUGGGUCGGCAUCUUGUCCAGUUUGAACCAAUGGUCUCCAGAAUUGUAGCUGCUGUUGAAUCCGAGUUGCAGCGGGCUAAGGCAGCGGAUUUAGAUAACGAUGGGAAAUGAAUGGAACAAUAUAAAUGUACAUUGCCAUAAUUUUGGCU